AUGGAGUCACCUCCUCAAUGGUUGCAACCCUUGUUCGCUGUCAUUUGCGCUUUCCAAAUUGCACUCAUAUCUCACACAAGCAGAUCCCACACAACUUCUGGAGCAGUUGCAGCCUUCAUUGUUAUGACCUUUCACAUACUUGUUGGAUUCAGGUUUUCCUUUAUGCUGUUUGCCUUCUUUCUCUCUUUGUCUUGGAUCACAAUGAGGACAGAGGAUAAAAAGAGAAAACUUGGUCUUGAAUACAAAAAAGGUCGACAAAGAAAUUGGGUACAUGUUCUAGCCAACAGUGGCAUUGGCUCUGUUCUGGUUGCAACUAUAUGGAUAUUACCAGAAGGGCUGGAUAAGUGUGUGAACUUUAAAGACUCAAAUCUAAUCACCUCUCUCAUUGGUGGUGUUGUCGGCCAUUAUUCCUGCUGCGCUGGAAACAUUUGGUCUUCAGAGCUUGGAAUUGUCACUCAAGAGCGGACUUUUUUAAUCACAAGAUUCAUUACCCGCAAGCGUGUGAGGAAGGGCACAAAUGGUGGUGUGACAACCAAAGGACUUAAAGCUGCUGCAAAAGCCGGAACUCUCAUUGGAGCAUCGUUUUUUCUUCAGGAACUUCUGACAAAGAGAUGUGAGUUUGUUCUUAAGAAAGUACUGGUCAUACCUAUUGCCUUCAUGGCAGGACUAGGUGGAAGUAUCAUUAAAUCUCUAUUGGGUGCCACGUUGCAAUUUAGUGGAUACUGCGCUGUUCUUAAAAAGGUUGUGGAAAGGCCAGCACCAACCGUUAAAAGGAUUUCAGGUCACAAUCUUCUUGACAACAAUGCAGUCAACCUUUUAUCAGUACUGCUGACCACAAUUUUAACUUCAAUCAUUUGUGUGUACAUUUACUGA